CAAUAAUAACUCCAUACAUCUUACUUGCCCUCAUAUUAGGCCUUUGUACACUCGAAGCUAUUUACAACGAAGAAACGAAGACUUGGCGUUUGGCAUGGCUCGAACAAAGCAAACCGCACGAAAGUCCACUGGUGGUAAGGCUCCCAGAAAGACUCUAGCAACUAAAGCAGCUCGGAAAAGCGCUCCUGCAACCGGCGGUGUCAAGAAACCUCACAGAUACAGGCCUGGAACAGUCGCGUUGCGAGAAAUCCGUCGUUACCAGAAAUCUACCGAGCUUCUUAUUCGCAAACUUCCUUUUCAACGUCUAGUUCGUGAAAUUGCCCAGGAUUUCAAGACAGACCUUCGAUUCCAAAGCUCAGCUGUCAUGGCUUUACAAGAAGCUAGUGAAGCUUACCUUGUUGGUUUGUUUGAAGACACAAACUUAUGCGCUAUUCACGCCAAGCGAGUGACUAUUAUGCCUAAAGACAUCCAGUUGGCAAGACGUAUACGUGGCGAACGAGCUUGAGCUGCCAAUACUCCAAAAAUAACACAAAUGGUUCUUUUAAGAGCCACCAUAUUUACAAAAGAAUAAAGCUUUUUGUGCUAUA